ACACACACAGCUCACACACUCACACACACUCAAUCCGUCGUCCAGCCCAACCGCCUCUACCAUGGCCGCCUCCACCCUGUCUGUCUGCUCCAGCGACCUGAGCUACAACUGUCCAGAGAGCUACUGCGAGCCCCCCUGCUGUGCCCCCAGCUGCUGUGCCCCGGCCCCCCGCCUGACCCUCCUCUGUGCCCCAGUGAGCUGCGAGUCCAGCCCCUGCUGCCAGCCCUCCUGCUGCACCUCCUCCCCCUGCCAGCAAGACUGCUGUGAGCCCGUCUGCUGCAGGCCCGUCUGCUGCAGGCCCGUCUGCUGUGAGCCCGUCUGCUGCAGCCCAGUCUGCUGUAGGCCCGUCUGCUGCAGGCCGGUCUGCUGCACGCCUGUCUGUUGCACGCCUGUCUGCUGCAGGCCCGUGUGCUGUGAGUCCUCCCCUUGCUCAGCCUCCUUGUGCUGCCAGCCCAACCCCUGCUCCUCGGUCAGUUGCAGACCCUCCUCCUCCGUGUCCCUGCUCUGCCGUCCUGUGUGCCGCCCCGCCUGCUGCGUGCCCGCCUCCUCCUGCCAGCCCAGCUGCUGCCGCCCGGCCUCCUGCGUGUCCCUGCUCUGCCGGCCCGCGUGCUCCCGCCCUGCUUGCUGCAUCCCAACUGUGGCCCCGGAGCCCUGUUGCUGACCUGGCACAUUGCCAACUCCUUCCAGGGCGAACGCUCACUUUCACCUGAAACUUCUGUAGCCUUGAGCCCAGUCUGGGGUCUCCUUCUGCCCCAGGAUUUCCUGUUAGCAGGCUGGGCUGGCUCCUGGUUCCUUCCAGGCCCUGAGAUUCAGCCAGCAUCCUGCUGUCCAUCCUUGUUGGUCAUGGAUUUUGUCCUGACCUAGGUGAGGGGUCUGCCUGUUAACAAAUAAAGUCACUGUCAUGCCA